CCCAGAGAAGCUCCAGCAGGGUCCAGAGAUGGUCUCAGUGAAGCUGGAGGACUGCAGUCAACACUGGAACUUAAUGUGAUUGUCAAAGAGGAGGAGAGGAGGAGAGCCGUCAAAGAAGAGCAUGAGAGAACAGUCGAAGAGGAGGAGGGUAUAAGCAUCAAAGAAGAAGGUGGAGGAAAGAUUAGUGAAGCAGAAGAGAACAAGAAAGGAGCUGCUCAACAUCUAGGAGCUAAAGAAGUAGAUAGUAUCAGUGACCCAGGAGAGAGCUCCAACCCAGGUUCAGACAGCGAGCCCAGUUCCACAGCAUCAGGAAGCCAUAAACAACACAGACGGAGGAACUCAAGACAGAAACAUCACCACUGCAUGGACUGCUUCACUAGUUUCUAUGAUCCAGAGGAGUUGAGAAGACACACUUGUAGGCCCCACCCUGUUCAGAUUGCAGAGGCAGUUUUAUUUGUCCGGUUCACCUCAAAUCACACCAACAAAGUCUCAAAAUAAAGAAGACAUACCCGUGUGGUCAAUGUGGGAAGAGAUUUCAGACACCAAGCAGCUUGAAGAUGCACCAGCUUACUCACACAGGAAAGAAGUCGUACCACUGCUUCCAGUGUAGGAAGACUUUCGGUUGGUCAUUCAAUUUGAAGAGACACCAGAAAAUACACACAGGGGAGAAACCUUUCCACUGCUCCCAGUGUGGAAAGAGCUUCAGUCAGACAGGAGACCUAAAGAAACACCAUAGAAUACACACAGGAGAGAAGCCUUUCCACUGCUCUGAGUGUGGGAAGAGCUUCAGUAUAGAAGCAAAUCUAAAGGAGCACCAGAAAAUACAUACAGGAGAGAAGCCUUUCCACUGCUCCCAAUGUGGUAAAAGCUUCAGUCGGUUAAGAGAACUAAAGAAACAUCAGAGAAUACACACAGGGGAAAAGCCAUACAGCUGUGAUCAGUGUGGGAAGAGUUUCAGUCAAACAGGAGUCCUAAAGAGACACCAGCUAACUCACACAGGAGAAAAGCCUUUCAACUGCUCCCAGUGUGGGAAGGAUUUCAGUCAGUCAUCACUUUUGAAGAGACACCAGCUAACUCACACAGGAAAGAAGCCUCACCACUGCUCUCAUUGUGGGAAAAGUUUUAAAUUGGAAGGAAGCCUUCAGAGUCACCUGAGAAUACACAAUGGAGAGAAGCCCCACCACUGCUCCCAAUGUGGGAAGGCUUUCAGKCAGGCAGUAGACCUAAAGAAACAUCAGAGAAUACACACAGGGGAGAAGUCUUUCCACUGUUCUCAGUGUGGGAAGACUUUUGGUCGGUCAUUAUUUUUGAAGCGACACCAGAGAAGACACACUGGGGAGAAGCCUUUCCACUGCUCACAAUGUGGGAAGACCUUCAGUGAAAAAGGAAAUCUAAAGCAACACCAGAGAAGACACUCGGGAGAGAAACCGUACAGCUGUGAUCAGUGUGGGAUUUGUUUUAAAUGGAAACAAAGCCUGAAGGAACAUCAGGAGGCAAAGCACAGUGCAGUGCCCAACUCUAACCUUAUAAUGGAGUUGCAAGCUGGGCAUCUACAUAUCUAACUAAUAUUGACUGACUGACAAAAAAACUUCUGUUAACUUCUCUGGGAUAUAUGCGUCCCACCUACACAAAAUCCAGUGAAAUUGCAGGGCGCAAAUUCAAAACAACAGAAAUCU